ACAGAUAGAUUUCUCUAAUCACAAUAAAGGGAGGGUUUUUUGAUUUUUUUUUUUAGAUGAGGGGAAGAGUUGUUUGCUAUUGCAUUAUUUUGUGGAAAUUGCAACAUGUCUCAGUUGACAUCAGUAUUUAUUUUGGAGGGUAUAAUACUAGCAAAAGUUGAAAGAGUAGAAAGUGAUUCGGAUUAUGGAGAAUCCGAAGACGAACAGCAACAGUUUUCAGACUUUGCAGAUUUUUCCAUGGGUGGACCUAUGAUGGAAUUAUCAACACCUUCUUUUUUACAGGUUGUAAUCCAAGAAAUGUUAACCAACAAACCAUACAACGUUUUUGGACGAUUUCUUUUGCUUGAUCCUUGGUGGAAAGUUUCUGUUAAGGUGAAAUGUGGAGGAAGAAAUAAGUACUUUGCGAAUGGAUAUCCCUCUUACAGUUUACUGACUCAUUUGGAUAAAAAACGAAAGAAUAUUAUUUCUCUGUUUCUUACUGCUUGUGGGCUAGAUCAGAAUUUCCGCACAAACUUUAUUAAUUGGCUACCUGAAGAGUACCCUUUGGAUUUCACCACACUGGAAGAAAUGCUUCAGACAUUUGCAAACGAGUGUGAUAUGACUUCUUACAAUAUAGAAGAUUAUUUGCAUCGUUCGCUUGCAGGCAGAUCUGUUAAGAUGGGUAUGAAGUUUCCUUCAGUCAUGGAGUAUGUACCGCGUCUUCUGCCGGCUCAUUUUAAACGCUUACUGGGUGGAGGGUAUGAUGAAAAUGACAUCAGGAAGUUGGAGGAUAUUGUAAACUCUGAUGUGUGGAUACUUGGAUUUUCUACUAUGGUCAGAAAACAUCUUCGUUUUAUGCGCUGUGAAGCGACACUGGAUGCUUUCAAACAGUGCGACCUGUUCCUGAAGAUUCCAGACCUGCAGAGGAAUGGGCUAAUACUUUACAAUGAGUUAAAGAAAAUGUGCAGAGAACUCGGAGACACGUAUGUUGAAGAACAUAUAUUAACUAAAAGCUGUUCCAAGAAGGUUUCUGUAGAAUGUGCUUGGGAAGCCCUGAAGUUUUUAAAAGAUGAAGGUAUUAUGGUUAUAGAAAAGAAACGGGUUUUUCUUCCAGCUCUUUAUGAUGAUGAGAAGACAAUUGCAGAUUGCAUAAGAACAUUAUCAGAGAAGCCCGCAUGGCACAUUAAUGUAAAUGUUAAAGAUGCACUCAUAAAUGCUCAGGUUAUGAAACAGAUAGGUAUGACAAAAGACGAACAUGAGACUGCGUGUACAAUGGAUAGAAACCACGAAGACAGUGAGAUUAAUCAGCCGAAUGAAAAAGGAGGCUGUUCUGCUGCCAUUGUUUCUCUUUCCACAGAUGAUUCAUUGAAAGAAUGUAUGGGAAACGACUUUUUUAAUGAUAAUGGUGAUGAUGUGAAUCCUAGUGUCAGUGUAGCAUUAGACCCUGACCAAGUGAAGGCUGGGGAAAUGAUAUGUGCCAAUGCUGUUACCGUUAUUAGCGGGAAAGGAGGAUGUGGAAAAACUCAUGUUGUCAGUGUAGUUUUUAAAGCAGCCUUUCAAAAUCAGUACAUAAUAAGAAAAGGAAUCGAGAAAGAGGUAGAAGAAGCCUGUGAGGACUUUGAAAAUGAUGAGGAUGCAUCGGAAACAUGGGAUACUUUCUUUGAAAGCAGUGCUGUCAACAGUCAGGAUGAGACCAUAAAGGAUUCAGAAUUCCUGCACAUAAGUGAGGAGAUUAUCCUGACGGCCCCCACUGGCAGGGCAGCUUCCUUACUAAGGAAAAGAACUGGUUUUUCAGCUUAUACUUUACAUCAGAUUGCAUGGAGCUUUUGGUUUGCAAAGCAGCAGUCAAAAGACAACAUGGAGAAUGAACCCUGGAAAUUCUCAGAUGCACGAGUUUUGGUUGUAGAUGAAGGAAGUCUGGUAUCUGUACGUAUUCUGGCUUCAGUCUUAAAGAUGCUGGUGAACCAUGGAAAGUUGUCAAAACUCAUUAUCCUUGGUGACGUGAGGCAGCUGCCAAGCAUUGAGCCUGGUAACACAUUAGCUGAUAUAUUUGCUACUGUUAAGAAUGUCGGAUGGGCUAUAGAAUUAAAAACAAAUCACAGAGCAGAAUCACAGCUGAUUGUAGAUAAUGCUACCAGGCUCUGUGAGUUUAAAGCACUAUAUUAUGAUGCAGAGCUAUAUGUUCAGAGUGGCAUGGAUAUCACUAUGCCGACCCCAGACAAGCGAUUUAUUUUGGUUAAGCUGCAUCCAUGUAAUGAUGACUCAAACUUAAGGUAUGCAGUAGAGAUGCUGCUCAAAAAAGGACCAGGACUGGAGACUGACCGAAGAUCACAGUUCAUUGCAUUCAGAAUGAUUGAUUGUGACCUUAUAAAUGAACUCUGUUGUAAGCACUACUCUGGUCAUUCAACAAGGUUAAAGAGAAAGUUGAAUUUUCAACCCAAGGAUAAAGUGUGCUGUACAAAAAAUGGUUAUGUUGCGGAUCUGAAAGACAUUCUGGAAUAUGGUCAGGAAAUAACAAAGCCUUGCAAAUCCAACAAGCUAACUUCAGAAGGUGAAAUUCAGAACCACACAGAGCAGGAGCCUGGCUCAACAAAUACUGAAAAAUCCUUGCCAGACAACCAAAAAACGAUCAGACUAUGCAAUGGAGAAAUAUACUUCAUUGAUAAGGAUGUGGAAGUAGAUGAGGUUCGUUGUUUGACUCUUACAGACCUUGACAAUUGUCAUUACACAGUGGAUUUUAAACAAGUUCGAAAAACGUGUAAAUUGAGACAUGCAUGGGCAAGAACAAUUCACACAUUUCAGGGCUCCGAAGCUGAAACAGUUGUGUAUGUUGUUGGGAAUGCCGGAAGGCAGAACAUGCAGCAUGUUUACACAGCAAUAACUCGAGGUUGCAAUCGAGUUUAUGUUGUUGCUGAAACUCAGCAACUUGACAAAACAGUUAUGAUGAAGAGUCGUGUCAGAAAAACUCGCUUACGAGAACUUUUGCAGAAAUCCCUUCCAAAGAAGCCAGCAUUUGGUCAAGAUAUUUCAGGUCAGAUGGAAGACCAACCUAUCACAGAUUUCCAGCACUCACUGCAUUUUGACAAAAGCAUUACUUUUGAACUAAAUAAUCCAGAAUCAAGGACAGUAAAGUCAUCAACUCCACUUUCAAGGACUUAUGCUGCAAAUCCUGAAUUUUCACAGGUCAACAGCUAUAUGAGGAAGAAUUCCGAUGCUACAGAAGGCCUUCCCAAGAGUCAGCAUUUUCCAACAGAAGCAAGGGAAUCUGCGGCUCAGUCAAUGAAUGAACAAGACAAGGUCAGCUUAGUGCAAGAAAUUGCUUCACAGCCUUUAAAAAAUAAAAGGCUCUAUGAGUUUGAUGAUGACACAGGCAGUCCUUCAAAAACUUCCAAGGUGUCUUCAGAAGAGUCUCCCUUGUGUAGCACCAGACUGAAGAAUCUGUCCUUAGAUGGGAUUUCCCGACGUCAGUUGUUUGACUCUUAAACAUCAGAUGCAAAAAUGGAUAAGGCAUCAUUUUUUGCUUGAAAAAAAUACAUUUCUAAUUAGCUACAACUGUUAAUAUCAAUAGCAACAUCAGAUUUCAUUGCCCUCAACAAAAAUACAUUUUAAUUUUUAUGAAGUAAAGCACUCUCAUUUGUUUUUGGUAGCAAAAGAUUUUGCCAUCCUGUGUAUGGUAACACAGAAAUUGCUGUUACUGAAAUCAUUUACAAAUGUGUGAGUUGUGUUUUUAUACAAACUUUGCAUACCCUCUUAAAAAUAAUUUGGCAUUUUAAUUUGUGAUGGUUUUAAUAAAUUUUAUAUAUUUAAAUCUUC